UUGAAAUCAAAGAAAAUUCAUUAACGUGAAUUAUGGACAAAACAAAAAAUCCGUAACAACUGAAAAGGGCACCCUUUACCAUUCGUAUAUCAAGAAAAAUAAAAAAUUGCCUUUAAAUUAUGAGGUAAACUUUUCAAGUGGAGAGAGGCCACCCACAUUUUAAAAAGGUGGAAAAAGAGUCUUAUAGUCACUGAGAAGGGAAAAAAUAUGUUGUGGACAGUGGCUUGGAGUUUCAUAGGGUGCCAUAUAUUUUUAGCAUCUCUUCUAGCAGUGGUAGCUGCCUUCUCUAGAGAUUUUAAUGCCUCAGAGAAAGAUAUUUUUAGUGACUUUGGGCAGUUCCAGCUCACAGAGAACCGGCCACCAGAGCUACGGAAACUUAGAGCCACUAAUCUUCAUCCUAACUUAUACUUUAGCCAAGACGAUGUACCACUGUUUAGACAAAGGUCAACUACAACCCAUAGCCACAUUUUUAAAGUCAUCAGGGCAGCAGUGUUGACUAUGCUCUCCAAUGGCCCAAUCUACAUGCCACCCGCCAAGCACGAUGACUUCACCAGCAAGUGGAAUGAGAUUUAUGGUAACAACCUCCCUCCUCUGGCUCUCUACUGUUUACUUUAUCCAGAGGACACCGCUGCCAUACAGUUCCUUAUCAGGUUUAUGGACCAAAUGUUAGAAUAUCCGGACUGGAAAGUAAGCAGUGCACCUACUGACGAAGUGCCAGUAGCUCAUUCGCUAACUGGAUUUGCUAAUGCUUUUGACUUUAUUUACUCAUUCCUUGAUGAACAGCGCCGGGGCCUGUACCUAAAAAGAAUACGUGCUGAAACCGAAGAGCUCUAUGAGAUGUCAAAGUACAGGGGCUGGGGGAAACAAUUUCUACAAAACCAUCAAACCACUAAUGUUGUAGCAAUUCUGACUGGUGCUAUAGUUGUGGGUACACAUGAUGACAUGGAGUCAAUGGUUUGGAAACAGGUGUCUGUAAAUUACAUGGAGAAAACAAUGUUUCUGUUAAAUCAUGUUGUCGAUGGCUCUCUGGACGAGGGCGUGGCGUACGGGAGUUACACAGCAAAGUCAGUCACGCAGUAUGUUUUCUUAGCGCAGCGCCACUUCAACAUAGACAACACACAGAACAACUGGCUACUUACUCAUUUUUGGUUUUACUAUGCCACUUUGUUGCCAGGGUUUCAGAGAACGGUUGGCAUAGGGGACUCAAACUACAACUGGUUCUAUGGACCAGAGAGCCAGUUAGUCUUUUUAGAUUCAUUUGUGAUGAAAAAUGGGUCAGGGAACUGGCUAGCACAGCUAAUAAGGAAGCAUAGACCCAAAGAUGGUCCCAUGGGUCAGUCUGUUGCCCAGCGCUGGACGACUCUUCACACAGAGUUUAUCUGGUAUAAUGCUGACCUUACGCCGCAACCCCCUUAUGGCCACAAUCAAGCUAAAAUGCAUAUAUUCUCUAACUGGGGUGUUGUAACUUAUGGGGCAGCUUUACCUAAUGCCCAGGGCAACACCUUUGUCUCAUUUAAAUCUGGAAAGCUAGGUGGUCGGGCAGUAUUUGACAUUGUCCAUGCUAAGCCUUACUCAUGGGUGGAUGGCUGGAACAGCUUUAACCCUGGUCAUGAGCACCCAGACCAAAACUCAUUUACCUUUGCUCCUAAUGGACAAGUAUUUGUUUCUGAGGCUUUAUAUGGCCCCAAAUUCAGCUACCUAAACAAUGUUUUAGUGUUCAGUCCUUCCCCAACAAGCCAGUGUAAUGCCCCUUGGGAAGGACAACUUGGGGAAUGUGCUAAGUGGCUGCGCUGGACUGACAAAGGGGUUGGAGACUCUGCAGGAGAGGUGAUUGCUGCCUCCACCCUUGGAGACACUAUGUUUGUAAGUGGGGAGGCAGUUGCAGCGUAUUCUUCAGCUAUGAGACUGAGGAGUGUGUACCGAGCACUGGUUCUCCUAAACUCACAGACUCUUCUGGUAGUUGACCAUGUUGAGAAAUGGAACGACUCGCCAUUGAACACUGUCAGUGCGUUCUUUCAUAACCUGGACAUUGACUUUAAGUAUGUGCCCCAUAAGAUCAUGGACAGGUACAAUGGAGCAUUAAUGGAUGUAUGGGAUGCUCAUUACAAAAUGUUCUGGUUCGAUAGUCAGGGAUAUAGCCCUGAUACGCAGAUACAGGAGGCAGAGCAGGCAGCAGAGUUUAAAAAGAGAUGGACUCAGUUUAUCAAUGUCACUUUUCCUUUUACUGAUUCAGUGGGUAGAAUGGCUUAUGUCAUGCAUGGGCCUUAUGUUAAAGUUUCCCAAUGUAGGUUCAUAGAUAACAGUGAAAAUGGGCUCAAACUUUCUCUGGUCAUCAAUGAUACUGAGAAAAUAGUUUCUAUUGUAACAAAUCACAAAGAUAUAGAGGCACGUUCAAGCUAUCUAGGCUUCGGGGGUCACGCAAAGGUGGAAGACAGACAUCAGAUAAUGCGUUUUGGCUUAGGAAUGCAGCUUGUGCCCAAACAGACAACAAUACACAAUCAUCUGUUUGACUUUGGAUUUACCGUAAAUGUUGUAGCCGGGGUAAUACUGUGUGUGGCCAUUAUUUUUCUGACCCUACAGCGCAAGUUUUAUGUUUGCUUUAGCAGACUGAUGCGCUACACAUUGCUGUCAGUGUUAAUGCUGUGGAUCACUGAGCUCCUGUUCGUCUCAAACAGUUGCAAUCAGCUCCUGUGCAGGGUCAAGUGGCGAGGAGUUGCCACUGACCCUGAGCUUAGCAAGCAAAUGAGGCUUUAUGAUCAGCAUCAAGUUCCUCUACCCACUGUAGUGAUUACAACAUUACCUGGCUCUGGAUCUGACAUCCUUAAACACCUUUUCUACAACAACACAGACUUUGUCUAUCUGCGCAUUCCUACAGAACACUUGGAUAUACCUGAGACAGAGUUUGAAUUUGACUCUUUAGUAGAUGCCUGUGAAUGGACGAGGACAGAAUUCCAGCAAGGGCGUUUCAAAAUGAUUCAGGGUUGGAUACAUUCACUGGUUCACAACACCCACAUAUUCCUGCAAAAUAUUCCACUGUAUGAAAGCAGCCAUAUCAAACUGUCCCAAAGACAGAGACUUUCCUGGGACAAGAGGAAGAGGCUUUGGAGAAGAGAGUCGAUGGCUGAAAUGAAAAGACGUGUACAAGCUGCUUUAGACAGGGAUGUUGAGUAUGUAAGAGAGCUGAGGAAGCACACAGCGAACUACCCUAAUGCCCGUGUCGUUCUCAGUCUGUGCAGUGGCAGCUGGGCUCUCAAGCUACCCUUUCUCCAAGAAGUUAUCGGUCCUUCUCUUAGGGCCAUCUAUGUCGUCAGGGACCCUCGCGCAUGGAUCUAUUUGAUGCUGUAUAACAGCAAACCUAGUCUGUAUUCCCUCAAGAAUGUUCCUCAGCACUUAGCUCUUAUUUUCAAACAAGAUAUGGUUAGAGACAGGUGUCCAAAUGCAUUUUCAAUGGAGUUUAGGAUGUUGUGGCACCUUGUAUCCCGCUCAGAGACCAAUCCUGUUUUGUUGCUGGCUCACCUGUGGCUCGCUCACACCGCUGCUGUUCUCAGAAUCACAGCAACAUUUCCUGAGGAGUCCUAUCUCCGAAUCAGGUUUGAAGAUGUUGUAAAUCUUCCUCAAGAGACAGCCAAGAGGAUACACUCUUUCCUGGGAAUCCCUGUAUCGCCUUCAGCCUUGAAUAAGCUCAUGUUCACUACCUCCACAAACUUGUAUAACCUGAUGUAUGAAGGGGACAUAUCAGCAGCCAACAUUAAUGUAUGGAGGCAGAACAUGCCAAGGAGAGAUAUCAGACUCAUCGAGGACACAUGUGGGUUCCUGAUGAGGCAACUUGGGUAUCACAGUUCCAGUAAAUAAUUAGCUGCUGGCCAGCUGUUUUCAUCAAUCUCCUGUAUUUGUGAUUUCCUGUAUCACUGAUUUCUGAUGCACUAUACGAAUAUGGAAACAGGCACUAUAAUUGAACUUAAAUCUGUGAUUAUAAUUCAAAAUGGUAUCUUGUCCUAGCCAACACAUGACAUUUUAUAUUAAAAUGCCUUCAGGAAAUUAUGUCUUUAUGUUUUUAUUUUAGUAUUUUGUUUUGUUGUUAUUUCUUUCCAACAAAGCCACUUAUAGCACUCUCUUUGGCGUGAUCUCUUUUGAUGUCUAAUGCAGUUUUGUGCUUUAUAGUCUCCAAAUGCAAUCUGCAGUGUCAAAAUAUAUUUUAAUUGUAAUGCUUUAGCAUUGCAUUUAUUUUCAAAGACUAUCUAUAAAUGUAUCUAUAGCUAUUUAUGGGAGAUUGUCACAUUUAAUAAUUUACAAACACUUUAAAAAAUAAGUGUCUUUAUGAUUUACAUUUUCACAUUCAUCUGUCCAUUAUUACUUAUCUACUGUAUCUUCAGAGUUUACAUAGGUGUCUUUUUUCACUGUCUUAGAUAUUAUGCUACAGACACUGUUUGUUGUUGUAUGGUACCAAAAACAGUGAAAUAGUAAUUGAAGAACCAUUGUGUGCAGUGUGUUUUCUUUAAUGCGCAGACUGGAAAACAUUAAAAAUGUUUGCUGACCUCCCAUAGACACAUGUCCAAAAGUUUUUCCAAAAGAAUUUCACUGUUGCAUGAAAAGCCAGCUGCAGUCCACUGCUGAGUAACUUUUUUUUGCCUAACCUAAUCAUUCAGUGAUUGAUGAGAUUGUUGUUCUACAAUGACAGAACAAAUUAGACAAAUCACUGCACUGCUUUUACACAUAUAUUCUUGGAAAAUAGCUAUUUUUUUCUUUUCGUUUCCUUUUGUUGGCUAAAACAAUGAAAUAGUGUUUAAUGUAGUUGCCUGAAUGCUAAAUUACACAGUUUUGCUUACCACCAUGAGUAAUAUGACAGUGAGUGAGCAGUUCUUGUUUGCCCAUAUGAAACAGUGUUUAGUGAACAUUAUAUUUGCAAAAUCAAACAAUCGCAAAGACCUUAUCAAGCUUUAAACUCCUCUAUAAAGGGAUAGUUCUAUUUUUUUUUCAGAACAUAUAAUGCAGAAAACAAUGCUUGGGGUGAUUUAGAAUUGGAGUCAUAAUGUAGUUUGUCCAGCAGAGCGCGCUCCGACUCCAUUGUUUACAGAGCUGAGCUGACGGUGGUUCUGCAGACAGUGCGGAGUUAAGCGGUGUCUUCACUGUAAGCUGCUAACUAGUUUGUGAAAUACAAACUGGAAAGUUAAUAAACAAUGACCCCAUAAUUUUCCUUUUUCAAUAUAACUAAUAUAACGUUAACCCUGUCCCUGACAACCGUGUCACUCAUGUUUAUCACAUCUGUUUGCUAUGUUAGCCAGCUAUAGUUUGUCAGUGCAGUCAGUAACAUAGCAGAUUGAAAGGUAAGCAUCAGAGAAUCUUUUUGCAGCUCAGCAGAGAACGGUGUGGUGGUGCAUUGUGUCUGUGGAGUGUUGAUUUCACGCUACGUUGUUACCUAUUUGGUGAGAUGCACUGCAGGAAAGUAAAUAAACAACGUCCAUCUUUUACAUUCCAUGACAAUGAGCUUAUAGCUAACUAGCUAACCACGUAGCUUCUUUCACACCUUGUCAGCUGAGUGGAAGCUAAUGUGUAAACGUAUUCACCAAACGCUUUUGUUCAGGAUUCACAGUUUGGUACCCACUUCAACCGAACAAUUUCAGUCAUUGCAUUUACAAAAUGUAAUAUUUAAAAGUCUGGUUUUCCAUUGUUAAAAGUUUCCCCUGAACUUGUUUAGCAGAAUACGGUGUAACACCACUGCCGCUGUUUAUCUCUUGACUCGGCAGGUGUAAAUGCUUCUUGUUUUACAACCUGCCCCUAAUUGACUGGCGGUAUUAAAAAGUCAGCAUUUGACUGAUGCUAAACAGUACUACUGAUGUUUACUUAGCUAUUUAUUUUAUUUUUAUUUAUUCUUUAUUUAAAUGGUCAGCAAUUGACUGAUACUAAACAGUACUGAUGUUUAUUUAGCUAUUUAUUUUAUUUUAAUUUUAUUUUUUAU